AUGAUGAGUCAACGUGACAUAUCUUUACAAAUACAAGAGGCGAAAAAGCAUGGCAUGCUUCACCUGAUUCAGUACCAGCUCACAACAGUACCACCAGAUCUUUUUUCAAAAACCACGUCAGGAGCUUUCCUAUCCAGUGGAUUAACUGCCCCACUAAUUCGAGUCGAUCUAAGCUUCAAUCACCUGGAGGGUCCCCACGCAAUUCCAGACACAAUUGGAUCGCUCGCUACUCUACGUGAGCUGUACGUAAAUAACAAUCCAAGACUGACACAUCUACCAAGCUCGCUCGUCCAUUGCAAUGCUUUACAAGUUCUCGAUGCCAGCUCUACAGGACUUGUUGCCCUCCCACCCGAACUUAGCCGACUGCAAAAUCUUCAUUUCAUUACCAUUGAUAACACACCUUUGCAGAGUCGUUGGGAGGUGAAGGGCCUUCUAUUGAAAAAAAAUGAAGCCAACAGUAUCUUCAUCUCCCUUACUAGCGAUACCAACGCCCAACAGACAAAUUGUAAGUCUACGUCAACCAUGCUGACUCCAUGUCAGCAAAUCUUGCAAAAGCUAAGACGCAAGGAUGAACGCGAGCAGCUCAAACGCGAGUUAUAUAACGCUCUACGCGAUAGUGCAUACCGCCUCCAGCGUCUCGAAGACAGUGCAGCAGCAAGUGCAGUACUUCAGACCGCGUUACGGCGUGUGCUUAAACAAUUUCCAAAAGCUGUUGAGAUUCGUUCAUUGCUUCGCAACGCCGAGCGUCUUUUUCCACGCGAUUUCUCAAUCGAGAUCUUUGAAAAUCUAGAUGCCGCACACAUACGUAAUGAGUUCGAUGUUUUACAAACUGCUAUUGAGCGUAAAAAACGCGCGGCAGACUUAGAGCUCAUAAUUCGAAACUUGUACGGUAAUCAAAUCAAUUUAUCAACUGCAGAACAAAUGGUCCGUCACAUCUACGACCACAUACCUCAGCUGUCCGACAUCAAAUUUCUUGUCAAACACGCGUCGAGACUUUUUCCAAAAGACGUGGGCAGUGUGGACGGCAAACAAAUUCAAACAGAUCUUAUCAAUUUACAGCAACGGUUCGCGCAAGAGCGUGCUGCUGCACUUGACAAACUCCAAGCAGCCGUCAGAAAUUUGUACAACGAGGAUGAACCAGCCAAUGUACGAGAACUUGUGACCAGCGUAGCUCAGUGUUUUAAGAAUACCAAGGAGCUACUCAGUCUUGCGGCUGAUGCUUCCAAACUUUUUCCCGCUGAAAUUUUGGAUGCAAACGCCGUCGAAAUCCGUGCCAGUUUCCUGCGCAUUAGAUCAGACAUCAUUGGAGAAGGUAGGGGGCACAAGCCAGCUUAA